UUAUCUUUCUGGUAGAUAGGUAACUUAUAUAGCAGUGCCAAAAGUUAUAACAAGAUAAUAUACAAUAUUACAGAAAUAAUAAGCCAUGAAAAAAAUGGAUGCUUCUAAACGGAAAAGACUGUAUGGCUUAUCUUUAGCAGUUUUAGGCGGAUUUUGUAUGUCACUUGGCUCCGUCAGUUAUAAGUUGACAAAAGAUACAGUCGCCGUGCAAGCGUUUUUUCUUCAACUGGUUAUAAUGUACUUUGUGAGCUUGCCUAUGCUAACUGUAUCGUGGGUUCGAGACGAAAUGCCGACUUCUAGUCUGUCUACUUUCUGUUACAUGUUGCUGUACGGUGCUGGAUGUACGGGUUCGAGUCUUUUCUUUUACUUGGCGUUGGACCAUUUAAGUGCAGGAGAUGCAGUAGCUAUAAGUAAUUGCUAUUUUGCCCCGACCCUGUUAUUUGCAUGGCUGUUUUUAAAAGAAAAAGUACACCCAUUGCAAUUGAUCUUUGUGGCCGCUAGCAUUGUUGGCGUUUUUCUCGUUGCAAGACCAGAGUUUUUGUUCGGAUACUCUGACCAAACCACUUCAGAACGCAGUACAAAUACGAACAAAGUUUUGGGAAUCAUUUUCUGCGUCUUAAGCAACGUUUUUACUGCCGGGCGACUUAUAAUUGGACGAAAACUAUUGGGCAGGGCGUCCUUACUACAGCUAGUUACUGCGCUAUCAGUAAUAGGAAUGGUAUCCUUUGUACUGUACGCGCAGAUUCGAAACGAAGGCUGGUACAUACCAUGCAAAUCAGACUGGUUAUAUUUAAUAAUUAAUGCGCUUUGUAUAUGCUGUACUUUAAGUAUGACAACAUUAGCUUUGCAGUUCGAAAGGGCUGGACCCGUUUCAAUGGCGUAUAGCCUUUUAAUUGUAUUUACUUUUAUAUUGGAAAGUAUUUUGUUAAAGUCAGCUCCCAAAAUUACGAGUAUUGUAGGGGCACUUUUAGUUUUUUUAAGCUGUGUUGGUACAGUAUUAGUGCAAAUGAAAUACACGUAACGAUUCGUAUUAUUUGUUUACGCAUUUCAGUAGCUUUUCUGUUGACGUGUAUAAUAUUUCCUCUCUUUUCUUGGUACUUGUUUACGUUUCAAUGCCAUAUACAAGUAAUACGCUCUCAUAAAUUUAAAGUAUGUGAAUGAA